AACUACGCAGCAUUUUACUCUGUGUGACAGAACGGCUGGCAACUCAUACUGGAGCUUCACCUGCAGAGAGACUUUCAUCUAGCUUCAAGCUGCAGAACAACUUUACUGAGCAACAAUUACUUUUCUACUGUUGACUUACAGAGACAGACAUGUAUGCCAAGAAGUCCAAAGAACAGCAGGGGCCAUGCAGAGGAAGGUCUUUUGACUCUGUGAACUCUUCUCAUGAGGAGAAGCAGCUCAACAAUGAAGUAAGUACCACUAAUGAUCCUGUUAAGUUUGAUGAGAACAAGGACAACAGAAACAUCUCCACUGGGAGACCCUCCAGCUCUGAGAAAGGUGCUGCAACCAUCAUAUUCUCUUUAAAAAAUGAAGUCGGCGGUCUCGUCAAGGCGCUCAGACUUUUCCAGGAAAAACACGUCAACCUUGUUCACAUCGAGUCCCGCAAGUCCAAACGAAGGAAUUCAGACUUUGAGAUCUUUGUGGAUUGUGACACUGACCAUGAACAACUCAAGGAGCUGACUCAGCUGCUGAGGAGGCACACUGAUAUUGUUGAUAUUUCUCCAUUUGAGAACUCCACUCUACCUGAAGACGAUAUGGCUGGUGUGCCCUGGUUUCCUAAGAAGAUUUCUGAUCUGGAUCUGUCUGCAAACAGGGUUCUGAUGUACGGCUCUGAACUGGAUGCUGAUCACCCGGGAUUUAAAGACAACAUGUAUCGGAAAAGAAGAAAAUAUUUUGCUGAUUUGGCAAUGAGCUACAAACUUGGUGAUCCUAUCCCACAUAUAGACUUCACAGCAGAGGAAGUGCGUACUUGGGGUGUUGUGUUCAGGGAACUCAACAAGCUGUACCCCCUCCACGCCUGCAGAGAGCAUCUGAAGAACCUCCCCCUGCUGACCAAACACUGUAACUACAGCGAGGACAACAUCCCCCAGCUGGAGGACGUCUCACACUUCCUCAAGGAGCGCUCCGGCUUCAUCAUCCGGCCAGUAGCAGGGUAUCUCUCCCCCAGAGACUUCCUAGCUGGUCUGGCCUUCAGGGUGUUCCACUGCACUCAGUAUAUCCGCCACAGCUCCGAGCCUCUAUACACACCUGAACCGGACACGUGCCACGAGCUGCUGGGUCACGUUCCUCUGCUGGCCGAGCCGAGCUUCGCCCAGUUCUCCCAGGAACUUGGUUUAGCAUCGCUGGGUGCUUCAGAUGACGCUGUACAGAAACUGGCCACUUGUUAUUUCUUCACAGUGGAGUUUGGUCUGUGUAAGCAGGACGGCAGGCUGAAGGCCUACGGAGCCGGACUCCUCUCCUCCAUCAGUGAGCUCAAGCAUGCUUUGUCUGGCAAAGCCCGGAUCCUUCCAUUUGACCCCCUGGUGACCUGCAACCAGGAGUGCUUAAUAACUACGUUCCAAGACGUUUACUUUGUUUCCGAGAGUUUUGAGGAAGCCAAGAACAAAAUGAGAGAGUUUGCCAAGACGAUCUGGCGUCCAUUCACAGUCCGCUAUGACCCGUACACCCAGAGCGUGGACGUCCUGAAGGACACCAACAGCAUCAACAGCAUGGUGAAGGACAUCCGGCAUGAGCUGGACAUCGUGGAAGACGCCCUGAACCGACUCACCAAAUAACGGAGAGUCUGAGGGGAGCUGUGAUGAGGGUCCGAAG